CGAAAGCAUCAUGUCAUGCUAUCGAAUGAGAGCAGUAUUUAUUUACCAAUCGCAGUAUUUAUUUACCAAAGUUCAAGAAAAAUUAGCGGCAAACCGUCCAAAUUAAAUUACUAAUUCUCUCAUGAGCCAGCUGUAAGUCAGUCGAUUCAAAUUACUAGUCCCAAUCACGGUUCGAACGGUUGGUUUGUGGUAAGCGCUUCUAUCGUAAAGACAUUGUGGUGUAUUUAUUUAGAAACUGUCAUACGACAAGUUCAAUAGGGUAAAGUCAAAAGAUUCACUAACAUGGGAUUUUUCGUUCGGGUUCUGUUCGCUGGAGCCACACUGCUACUGGCCAUGGGGUACAAGCAGUACAAGGACGCAACCAAACCGGUUCCCAUCCCGCCGUUGGAUCUAAAAGAAUACUGGGGUGCUGGAGAUAUCAAACAGUACAAGGAAGAUACCACCAUCAAGCCCUUCAAUAUCGCUUACUCACCGGAAGUGAUCGAGAAACUGCGUUCCAAACUCAAUGAUACCCCGACGCUUGUUAAACCAUUGGAGGGAGCAGCCUUCGAAUAUGGCUUCAACAGCAAUCGGCUGCAGGACAUUUUGAAAUAUUGGAAAACUAGUUACCUGAACAAAUGGAACGAAAGGGAAGCCUUCCUAAAACAGUUUCCACAUUUCAAGACCCAAAUUCAAGGUUUAAACAUUCACUUCAUUCAUGUCAAGCCUAAAGUUCCAGCAGGUACGAAAGUACUCCCACUGAUUAUGUUACACGGAUGGCCAGGAUCGGUUCGUGAGUUCUACGAAAUUAUCCCCAAGCUAACGACCAAGUCGGACGAUAAGGACUUCGUGUUUGAAGUAGUAGUUCCCAGUUUACCCGGUUACGGAUGGUCUCAACCUGCUUCCAAACAAGGACUGGACCCAUUGAAGAUCGCCGUUAUCAUGAAAAAUUUGAUGAAACGAAUUGGUCAUCAAAAAUUCUACGUCCAAGGGGGCGAUUGGGGCUCACUUAUUGGCAAUUUAAUUGCAACUUUGUUCCAGGAUAAUGUAAUCGGUGUCCAUUUGAACGUGUGUGGCUCGAUUGGAUUGCAAACAAUAUUAAAAACCGUUGUCGCUAGUUUUGCCCCAUCGCAGUUCAUUGAAGAAAAAUACGUUGACUAUUAUUAUCCAGCAUUACCCAAAUUAACAUUUAUGCUGGCCGAAUCUGGCUACAUGCAUCUACAGGCAACCAAACCAGAUACGAUCGGUACCGCACUGGUGGGUAAUCCAGUGGGUCUUGCCGCAUACAUUUUGGAGAAGUUCUCCACCUGGACCAACCCAUCGUACCGUCAGCUACCGGACGGUGGACUGGAAAAGUACUUCACCCUGGACAGCCUAUUGGACAACAUUAUGAUCUACUAUCUGACCGAUUCUAUCACCACCUCACAACGACUCUACUACGAAAAUUUUUCUAAAGGCGGAGCCACUAUGGCUAUUGGACAGAAUCCUACCAAAGUACCUGCGGCUUGUUCUAAAUUCAAAUACGAACUGAUGAACGUAAUUGAUUGGGCCUUGCGGGAUCACUUCACCAACUUGGUUCAGAGCAACCACUUCGAGGAUGGAGGUCAUUUCGCUGCUAUGCAGUUACCCAACGUUUUGUACAAAGAUAUUAUAACAUUUGUCGCAAAAGUCGAACAGUGAUUGUUAUCAGUAUGUAUCGGAAUACAUUUUUGUAUUAAAAAUUAUA